GAAAUGAAUGGCGAUAAAAAAUUUACCGGUUUUAUUGAUCAACAAACAUCAUUAUCACCAACAACAAUAUUGGGAAUAACAACAGCGGCGACAACAAACAAUCAAUUUGAUCAAUCAAUGAAUAUAUUUCGUUCAACAUCCAUAUCAAUAUCGAAUAAUGAUUAUGAUGAUAAUAAUGAUGAUUAUCAUCAAAGACAAUAUCAACAACAACAACUACGAUUACAAUCACCACAAUCAUUAUUUUUAGGAAAAUCAUGGGCUUAUGAAAAAGAACGUAAUAGUUAUAAUUAUUAUCGUUCAGAAUAUGAUUCAAAUGAUAAUAAUAGCCAUGAUGAUAAUGGUAAUAAUGGUAAUAGUGAAGAAUCUGAUGAACAAGAUGAACAAGAACGUUUAGCAUCAUUAGAAGCAUUACGAUAUGCACUACAUCAUGCACCAUUCUGUCGAAAUAUGCAUACAUUAAUGACUGUACCGAAUGAAGAAUGUUUUGAAAUGAUUGGUAUACCAACCAAAUGUGCUAUACGUAUUGAAUCAUUUUCAUAUGAAAAUAUUCUCGAUAAUAUUAAUUUAGAAAUACCUAAAGGUAAAAUUUAUGCAUUACUUGGUUCAGCAAAUAAUGGUAAAUCAUUAUUAUUGAAAUGUAUUCUUGGCCGUAUACCGAUUUAUAAUAAUUCACAAGCAAUCGAAGUAUUUGGACAACGACCAUCAUUAACACCAUUAUCAGCAAUAUGUGUUGGUUAUAUGCCACAAAAAAUUGCAUUACAUCCAGAAUUAACUAUUGAACAAACAUUACUUUAUUAUGGUCGUCUUUAUCAAUUACCACCAAGUAUGAUUUAUUUACGAAUAAAAAUGUUGAAUGAUUUUUUCUUCGAAACUAAUUAUCAACAAAAAUCAUCUGAUUAUCAUCAUUGCUUUUCAUCAUCAUCAUCAUCAUCUACAUUAACACAAACAUUAGUAAAAGAUUUAGAUCAAGGAAAUCAAUGGCGUCUUUCAUUAAUGGUUGCCAUAAUACAUUCACCACCAUUAUUAUUGUUAGAUGAACCAACCGAUAAUGUUGAUCCAUUUGUACGAUCAACAGUUUGGUCAUAUUUGGAAAAAUUAUCUGAAAAAGAUGGAAUGACAAUUGUAUUUACGACAAAACAUCCUGAAGAAUUAUGUUAUGCAUAUAAAGCCGGUUUAAUGCGUGAUGGUCAUGUUUAUAUUGAAGAUCGUCCAGAAGAAUUAUUAAGAAAUUAUCAUUGUCGUACAUAUAUUCAAAUGUAUAAUAAAUUUUGUAUGUCAAAUAUACCAAGACGUUUACGGCCAUCAAUUGUUUAUUAUCAACAAACCAAUAAUGAUGGACAAGGAUUUUCAGGAAAUUUAACAAUACCACCACCAUCACAAUUAAGUUAUCAAACAACACAAUGUCAAUCAUUAGGCGAAGAAGAUAGUGAAAAUUCAAUUGAAUUUCAACAUCAUCAACAUCAUCAUGAUAGUUCUAGUUCAGAUAUUACUGAACCUGUAACAUAUCCAAUGGAUAAGCAUGAUGAUGAUGAUCAUCAUCAUAAAGAUAAACAUCAUACAAUCAAUUCUGAUGAUUAUGAUGAUGGUAGUGGUUAUUCAGGUGAUUCAAUGGAUGUUGAAGAUUUACAACGUUCAUCAUUACCAUUACCAAUGGCACAAUGGCCAAUUGCUGAACGUCGUCGUACAGCAUAUAUAUCUCAUUUAUUUAAUUUUGAUUUUAAACGUUUAUAUUCAUUAAUAUUGAAAAAUUUUUUCAUUAUAAUUGGAAAUAUACGUUUAAUCAUAUUAUUUUAUUUUAUAUUUCCGGCUAUGCAAAUAAUAUUAAUUUGUUUUCUAUCAAGUCGACCAUUAACAUCGAUACAUAAUUUACCUGUUACAAUUGUUGCACAACCACAAGAUCUAAAUAAUCCACGUAUUGAACGUUUAAUUCGUUAUACAAUUGAUCGUACAAUUUUUCAUCCAGAAAUUAUUGUCGGUGAUGUUAAUGAAUCAAUUAAACGUAUACGUCGUGGUGAAACAUUAGCUGUUAUUAUACCUUGGUUAAUAGAACAAACAGUACCUAAUUUUCAAAAUUCUAGUCAAAUUAAUGAUAAGAAUAAUGGCAAUGAUAAUAAUAAUAAUAAUGAUGAUGAUGAUUUUACCUAUUGUGAUCAAUUAAUUUAUAAUUGGCGAAUGGGAUUCAAUUCAACAAUGUUUGGCCUUCGUUUACAUUUGGAUGGUUCAAAUUUUUUCAUUAAUUAUCUUAUAAAUUUUACAUUGGCUGAUUCAAUGCAAAAAUUAUUAGCCAAUGAUGAACGUAUGCAUGAAUUAAUGCCAUUUGAUUGUCCACAAAUAUAUCAUUGGAUGAAACAAAAUCAUAUACCAAUUUCAUUGGAAAUAUUAAAUUUUCGUACAAAAUUUUCAACAUUAUAUGAAAAUGUACGAUUACGUUUUAUUGAAUUUAUAUUACCUGGUACAUUAUUGGCAAUUGUUUUUGCUUAUGCAUUAGUUUUAACGGCAUAUUUAUUCAUUAAAGAACAAAUAGCCGGAUUACAGGAACGUUGUUUAACGGCUGGUGCAUCCGGUAUUGAAAUUCUCAUAUCACAUAUGAUCUCUCAAUCGGCACUUUUUUUCCUACAAGAAUUAUUAUUAAUAUUCAUUAUGAAAAAUAUAUUUGGUAUUCCAAGGCGAACAAUACGUUGGUAUGGACCAUGGUCAUUAAUUUCAAUGCUUGGAUUUAUGGGUAUUAUUGCCGGUUUAUUUGUCGGUGUUAUUUGUCCACGACCAAGUUCAGCUGCAUUUUUUAUCUCAGGAAUUUUUAUACCUGGUUUUGUUCUUUCCGGAAUUAUUUGGCCAGUUGAAUCAUUACCAAGAUUAUUUUAUUAUAUUAGUCUAUCAUUACCAUUAACACAACCAAUCAAUUCAUUACGUUAUAUUAUAUUUCGUGGUUUAGAUUUACGUUUUGAAAAAAUUAUAUCUGGCUUUACAAUAUCAUCAUUAUAUAUUAUUAUAUUGGUUUUAUCUACAUUAAUUAUAUUUAAAAUUAAAACAUCAUCUUGAGCUUCAUCAUUUCAUUUCA